AUGGGUCCAACACCUAGUAAAUCCCACGUGACUACACAGGUGAUGGGGACGCAUGGUUAUGCUGCUCCUGAGUACGUAGCCACAGGGUUAAGAGUACUUGACGAAAAUCGUCCAGAUGGGAAAGAUAAUUUGGUUGAAUGGGUGAAGCCACUUUUAUUUGACAGAAGGAAGUUGAAGAACAUAAUGGAUUCUCGUCUUGAAGGAAAAUAUCAUUCAAGAUCAGCAAUACACAUAGCUCAGCUUGCUCUAUCAUGUACUGAAAGUGAACCAAAAAACCGACCAUCCAUGCGAGAAAUUGUUGAGAUCCUCGAGCACAUUGAUUCUGUUCAUGAGAAAAAUAGAGAUGUUAUGGUAAAUUCUGGGCAUCGGGCAUCUUCUCGGGCACAGAAAUCUUUGCAAUAUCGUUCUCCAGUUCAUCCAAGACGCGAUCAUUCUCCGAUUCAUCCACUACACACAUUCUCCAAUUCAUCCAAUGCAAAAUCGUCCUCCAAUUCAUCGAAGGCAUAA